AUGCAAACAUCGCAACUCCAAAACCCCUCUCUUCUGUAUGACAUAAUUAUCUUAGGAGCCUCAGGCUUUACUGGCAAAUAUGUAGUAAAAGAGGCCUUAAAAUUUCUCAACACACCGGCUUCUCCUCUUAAAAAUUUAGCCAUUGCUGGUCGUAGCCAUGAGAAGCUUGUUAGGACGCUUCAAUGGGCAGCUCAUCCUAACCCCCUUCCUCCAUCUGUUAGUAUUAUCACUGCUGAUACUACUGACCGACCUUCUCUUUUGAGUCUUUGUAGGCAAACUAAGGUUUUGCUUAACUGUGUUGGGCCUUUUAGGAUCCAUGGUGAGCCUGUUGUUGCUGCUUGCGCCUCUUCUGGGUGUGAUUAUUUGGAUAUAAGUGGGGAGCCUGAGUUCAUGGAAAGAAUGGAGGCAAAAUACCAUGAAAAGGCUGUGGAGACAGGUUCUUUGGUUGUUUCAGCAUGUGGAUUUGAUUCCAUUCCUGCUGAAAUGGGUUUUAUGUUCAAUUCCAGGCAGUGGGUGGCCCCUGCUGUACCAAACCAUGUCGAUGCGUAUGUGAGUUUGGAGUCUGAUAAAAGAAUUGUUGGGAACUUUGGAACAUACGAAUCAGCAGUUUUGGGUGUUGCGAACAUGGAUAAGCUGCAGGAAUUCAGGAGUUCUAGACCUAAGAGACCUAGACCAGUGAUUCCUGGUCCACCUCCUUCCAGAGGACCAAUGAUAGAACACCAGGAGAAAAUCGGACUUAAGGCCGUAAGGCUACCUUCUGCAGAUGCUGUAGUUGUUCGAAGGACUCUUGUUACUCUGAUAGAGAACCCCCAUGGCCUACCUGGGGUUAAUGAAAGUGUUGAACAUAGUGACAAGAGGGAGGCCUUCUGGUCAUCAGUGAAGCCAGCUCAUUUUGGCGUGAAAAUAGGAUCUAAGUCCUUGUUGGGCAUCUAUCGGAUCAUCGGAGUGGGGAUGUUCAUUGGUCUCUUAGGCAGAACUUCUUUUGGGAGGUGGCUUCUCUUGAAAUUUCCCUCAUUUUUCAGCCUUGGAUGGUUUCGAAAGAAGGGUCCCUCUGAGGAUGAGGUAAGAAGUGCAUCAUUUAAGAUGUGGUUUGUUGGAUAUGGUUUUAGUGACAGCAGUCUCGCUUCACAAGCAAACUCAAAACCUGACAUGCAAAUAAUAACAAGAGUGAUGGGACCUGAGAUUGGCUAUGUGACUACUCCCAUAGUACUACUUCAAUGCGCUCUUAUACUUUUGAGCCAACGUGAAAGCCUGCCCAAGGGAGGAGCUUUUACCCCUGGGGUUGUAUUUGGCCCACAUCUCGAAGAACGGCUGCAAGAGAAUGGAAUAUCAUUUGAUCUGAUUUCAAAGUGUGCACUGCCUGCUUAAACUGGUAGCCUGGUGCGGACUUGCUCGUCUUUCUGGGAAAUAUAACAAAGCCAUGGUCUUGGAACAAUUUCCUUUCGAUGAAUAACAUACCAACACUUGAAAAUAAUAAAAUUCAAACUUGUUUCCAGUGAGUUCUGAUUGUAAUAAAUGUCUGUGUUGCUGAAGCUAUUUAUUGUCUCUUCGACACAAUUUCUUUAAAGCAAACUGAGGAAAAGCUCCCUUUGUAGUUGAUGGAAAAA